CGGCUGGGGCGGGGCCAGCCUGAAAGCCAGACGUGGCGCAGCGGCCGAGUUUGGGCGCAGCCUGCGGAACGUCUUCUGUCAGGCACAGAUGAACAUUCUACUGUUGCCGCCGCCGCUACUGCUGCUUUUUGCGGCCCUGGUGGCUCCGACCACCGCCGUCACCACCUACCGACCGGACUGGAACCGUCUUCGAGGCCUGGCCAGGGGGCGAGUGGAGACUUGUGGAGGAUGACAGUUGAAUCGCCUAAAGGAGGUGAAGGACUUUGUCACAAAGGACAUUCCGCUGUACCACAACCUGGUGAUGAAGCACCUCCCUGGGGCAGACCCCGAACUCGUGCUGUUAAGCCGAAAUUACCAGGAACUAGAGCGAAUCCCGCUCAGCCAUAUGACCCGGGACGAGAUCAAUGCGCUGGUCCAGGAGCUCGGCUUCUACCGCAAGUCGGCGCCGGAAGCGCAGGUGCCCGACGAGUUCCUGCGGGCGCCCGCUAAAGACCCCGAGGACGGUUCAGAGCGCGCCGACCUGUAGCCCCGAGCCGUGGUGGAGCUGGGACCCCCUGCCAGCGCCCCGGAGACAGAAUGAAGCACUCAGCAUCCCGGGAGCAUCUCUCUUGCUGAGGGCCGACACUGGUCUCCAAAGCAACGGAAAUGGGGGUGGGGUGGGGGAUUCCCCUCAAUCCUGCCUUUCCCCUCCCCAGCUCUACUAAAUCCCUUCCCGCCCUUA